CUACCCGUCCGUUGGGUUCUUCCUCGUGGACUUGCUCCUCCUACUCCUUGUGUGGUUUCGUGGAAGUAGUCCGCAGCUCCUCCGUCCGCCGCCUCCCGAGAUCUUUUCCGCAGCUCGGUCGCCUCUCCAUCGAUUCAUCGCCGCGUUGACUUCCUCCGCUUCUCCCUUCGGUCUAUGUAGCCCUUUGCUCCACCGGUUUAUCCACCACCUCGGGGUUCCCAAGAUUCUCGCAGCUGUAGUUCUCGAUUCCUUUUACCUCCUUCGAUUUCUCUUCUUUGACGUGUUCUUGCGAGAUUAGGGGCUGAGAAUUGCACAAUCCAUGGCCUUUUACAAGAGAUCUCGGGCGGCGAGAGACGCCCUGCCGUUGCGGCGGGUGCUCCCUUUGGUCCUUGUAGUCCUCGCCUCCGUGCUGUUCGUGGUCUUCAUGCUUAAGAAUCGAGCUGUCGCCGGUCCCUCCUCUUUCCCCUUCGCGAACCUGGGAAACCCUGCAACUAUUUUAGCGGAUCCUAGUUUCAAGCUCAAGCUGCCGAAGCAGACCCUCCUCUCUGUCUCCUUGGAUCAGCGGAACAGAUUGCCCCCCAGGAACACGGAUCUCUUCCCCACCCUGGCCAAGGACCAUACAAAGAUUGUCCUUUACGUCCACAACCGCCCCCGGUACCUCCGGGCGGUCGUCCGGAGCCUCGCCGGCGUGGAGGGCAUCGGCGAGACGCUGCUGAUCGUGAGCCACGAUGGAUACUUCCCCGAGAUGGACGGCAUCGUCCGGGGCAUCCGGUUCUGCCAGGUGAAGCAAAUUUUUGCGCCCUACUCGCCGCACCUGUUCCCCGACAGCUUCCCGGGCGUCUCCCUGGGCGAUUGCCACGACAAGGACGACCCCGCUGCGAAGAAGUGCAACGGGACGGCUGACCAGUACGGCAACCACCGGUCGCCGAGGAUAGUGUCGCUGAAGCACCACUGGUGGUGGAUGAUGAACACUGUGUGGGAUGGGAUGGAGGAGACCAGGGGAUUCGACGGUCACAUUCUUUUCAUCGAGGAGGACCAUUACAUCUACCCGAAUGCUUACCGGAACCUUCAGCUGCUCGUAGGAGUAAAGCCCACGAAAUGCCCCGAGUGCUACGCUACCAACUUGGCCCCGUCUGAUGUGAACUUUAAGGGAGAAGCGACGGAUAUGCUGAUAGCUGAGAAGAUUGGCAAUAUGGGUUACGCCUUCAACAGGACUGUUUGGAGAAAGAUACAUGCUAAGGCGAAGGAGUUCUGCUCCUUUGAUGAGUAUAACUGGGACAUUACGAUGUGGGCUACUGUCUACCCUUCGUUUGGAGCCCCUGUUUACACUCUGAGAGGUCCCCGGACAAGUGCCGCCCACUUUGGGAAAUGCGGACUGCAUCAGGGGCAAGGGAAGAGUGGCGCGUGCAUUGACAAUGGCAAAGCAAGCUUUCAGCUAGACGAGAUCGAUAAAAUUCUUAACAUAAAGCCGGAUUGGCAGGUGCACAUCAUCAAGAAACAGAGUGGUUACCAAGCAGGUUUUAAGGGUUGGGGAGGCUGGGGUGAUUGGAGGGACCGAGAGCUUUGUUUGAGUUUUGCUUACAUGUAUCAUGUCGUGUAAGCAGAUGAACUCUGGCAUCCUGAGAUUUUCCAAGCUCUUGAGAGCGUCAUGUUUUAUCCAUGCUGUGUCUGAUUUAUACACAGAUUUAUUGAGAAGGAUUUGCAGGGCAAGUCUGUUUUUGCCAAUGGACUAUGGAGAAGUGAUUUCUUUAAUCAUUGAAAAGUAGUGAUAUAUGAUUAAGGCAACUGACUAAAAUGAGGAGCAGAAGCAACUGCUUGGGAGAAAGGCCCUCUGUUGAGAGCAGUUAGCAAAUAUUUUGUAUGACAUGGAUAUGGUAAGCAUUGAACAAAGGUAUGCAUCUCAUUCGUUAUUUUGUUUUUCGGUGAAAAUUGCCAUUGAUAUGGUAGGAAACUAGAAUAGCUAGCUUUUCCAUGUGAUAUAAUAAAAUUUCUCAACAUAAAGUUAUAAUCAUUGAAAUGUUGUUCAUCUUUAAGCAUGUGGAAGUCCAUUUGAAGACCUAAGAUGGAAUAUGUUUGGGUAUGAAUAAUUGCCACUGACUUUUCAGACCAUAUAUUUAGCCACUAAAUUGCCCCAGAAAAUUACACAAAGUAAUUGGAGUACAUUUCUUAUAUUUCAUGCAAUCAAAAUUCCAAAAUUUCCACAUAAUUCUGUCAUCAGAUGAUGUUGAAUUUCUUAAACAACACUGGCAAGCUGGUUAAAAAUUGUUGUUGAACAAUUUGAGUUGUAAUGUUUGAUCUAUACAAUUUUGUUAACAUAAUUGUCAACUUUUUAGGUGAAUGAAUUUACAAUCUGGUUUAGGAGUAAUCAUACAUGAAUUAAGAACAGCUGCAAAGUAGAAUGCGAACAUCAAAAGUCAAUGAUGAAGAACAAAAAUUAAGGCUGAUCCAUCUAUUGGAAAGUUGCUUGCUGCACCAUAUAUGAUAUUUGUAGCAAACAUUUACUUUUAGACUUUUGCCAAUCAGAAACAUUGACAAUUAUAUAUGGAAUUCUUUAGGCUGAUAGAUGCUUGGCUAAAUCCCCUCAUAGAGCACUCCAGCUUACUGGCUUUUGCAAUUUGUAAUUACUAAUUUCUGCACUCUUGCCCUUUAAUAUACAUAACCACCUAUUAACAUAUAUUACUUCCAAACAACUUACGAGCUGAACACACUAGAAUUUAAUCUUUGGUCUGUGGGUGCUGUCAUAAACAAAGUAAUGACACUAAGCAGGAGGCAGCAGUUGCCUCUUCUUCCAGAUUGACCUGCAUAAAUAUUUUCCAUGUAUUUAUAUGGGAUGCUGCAGCAGGUUCUAGCAGACUUCUUGUCGAGCACUCUUCAUCUCGUACCACAGCACUCUUCAUCUUGCACCACUAGCUGAAGGAUCAAUUACACUCCAGAUCAUUCCCAGAAUGGAAUUUAUAGGGACUGCAAUGCAGAUUGUUCCUCUUGAAUUCAGAUUCAUCCAUCCAACACAGGGAAUCCAAGAGGCUUUGUGCAGCAGAUGUUCCACUACACUUAACAGAAGGCCUUGGUUUUUAUGCUAUCCAAAGCUUGCAAUGAUCAUAAACGGCACUGUAGAGUAGCUCAGAUAAACGGAGAAAUCAUUUUUCAUUGUUCUAGCUGAGUUUCCCUCCAUUACCAUACAGGUAGGAGAAGAUCUUUCUUCAUUGGCUCGGUUCUGAUAGAACUGAACUUAUGGUUCAUCAUCAAACAAGCACUCUUCUUAUGCCACAAGCCUUUCUCAUAUGAUUGUGUUAUCUCUAAGACUCCUUAUCUGCCUGGAGAUGGUUCAAUUUGAUGUGCUGUUGUUGUAAAUAGCUUUUCUAUAAUGUCCAGUGAGGAUGUCAAAUAAAGGUCUGUUCUUCCAUAUGUGAAAACAUUCAUUUGACUGUAAGCUUAGUGUUCUCCUUCAGCUGAACUCUAGCAAGAGAUUUCCAUGAUGUGCAA